AUGGAGAAGGGUAGACAGAGAGUUGAGAGAAGGAGUUAUGGCAAAAAAGAAGUGAAGAAGGGGUUUGGACCAUUACGAGGUUUGGGUGUUCCGGGAGUUGUUUGCAUUCGAAUAAAAAUUGUCUAUCUUGGGGUUCAGAAGCAGGUGUACAGGGAUACCAGGGUCAGGAGUAGGGGUGUACUCACCAACUUAUAUAGAAAGAAAAAAGUUUUGUUCUUUGUUUGGUACAAUGCCAUCUUCCCUCAAGAUCACUCUUCUCAGCAUGACAUCCAUUUGGAGAAGGCCUCUGUUCUCUUCAACCUGGGAUCCCUCUGCACCCGCAUUGCUCUCUCCUGCGAUCUCACCACCAUCCAUGGCCUUCGCCUUGCCAUGGACGCCUUAAAUGAUGCUUCACGUUGGCUCACUCGACUGACCGCAUGUGAGUCUCGCCUGGCAUCUGGCACGACUGACUUGUCAGAACACUACAUCAAUAUGAUAAUCCGUCAGUUUCCCGGCUUGAAAUCGAAGUUUCCUCGUCCCCAAUCUGUUGAAUCAUCAUCACCUAUAUAUCCUGCCUACUCAGCUUAUAAUCCGGUCAAAUAUGAGCUUUUUGCUUAUGAUCCAAGUGAUGUCACUGAACAAUUUCUUUUGGGAUAUUGUAAGGGUUACUCCAUGGUUCAAGAGGUAUGUGAAAGACAAUUGCCAUGGGAAACACCACCAUGCUUGGACCUUCUCUCUGAGGUUAGCCCUGUCAAGAUUAAGGAUGGAAAUCUUGUGGCCAAUGCAACCUUAGAGGCACCAAAUUCAGCAUUGGAGAACAUGAGCUUGCAGGAGACGACACUACAGUAACAUUACCGUUGAGAAAAGCUUUAGGA